AGCGCGGGGCGGCGCAGGCGCGGUGGGAGGCUCCGGGGCGAGGGGAGGGAGGAGGGAGGCGCCGCCCGCCCGCCCGAGAGCGCCAUGGAGUCGCGGGGGGAGCCGCAGCCGCAGCCGCCGAACAGAAUGAGCCAGGGAGACUCGAACCCGGCCGCAGUUCCCCACGCUGCUGAAGAUGUUCAGGGAGAUGACAGGUGGAUGUCACAGCACAAUAGGUUUGUCCUGGACUGCAAAGAUAAGGAGCCGGACGUGCUCUUCGUGGGUGACUCCAUGGUGCAGUUGCUACAGCAGUACGAGAUAUGGCGAGAGCUCUUCUCACCGCUUCACGCGUUGAAUUUUGGGAUUGGUGGAGACACCACAGGACAUGUUCUAUGGAGGCUGAAGAACGGGGAACUGGAGAACAUUAAACCGAAGGUCAUUGUUGUUUGGGUCGGAACAAACAACCAUGAAAACACAGCAGAGGAAGUAGCGGGUGGAAUCGAGGCUAUCGUGCGCCUGAUAAACACCCAGCAGCCACAGGCCAAAGUCAUUGUGCUGGGCCUGCUACCUCGCGGAGAGAAGCCAAACCCGCUGCGGCAGAAGAACGCCAAGGUGAAUCACCUGCUAAAAGCCUCGCUCCCCAAACUGCCCAAUGUCCAGCUUCUGGAUGUGGACGUCGGCUUCGUGCACUCAGAUGGCACCAUCUCCUACCACGACAUGUUUGAUUUCCUGCACCUGACGGGAGGGGGCUACGCAAAGAUCUGCAAACCCCUCCACGAACUGAUCAUGCAGCUGCUGGAGGAGACCCCCGAGGAGAAACGAGCCGCCCUGGCCUGAGUAGCUGACGUCGGCAUUAGCAGCGUCAUCCAGCCCACCCGAUCAGUUCUCUCACUGGCACUACAGAAUCCUUCUUUCUUAAAGCACUUUCCAUUGUAGAAUGUUACCGGAUGUUCGUACCUAGUGUUUUGAGGGGGAAGGCUAACGUUUAACUGGUCUCGUACGUAGGAGGGCCAGCUUGCUUGGUUUUAUUGCAGGAGGAAAUUAGCUGAAGAAGAGUUUUACUGUUAAACCAUUCCUCGUUUAAACCGAGAACAGGGCUGUCGCUCUGUGCCCCUCUCAUGUCUUGUUGCUCUGUGGUUGUCCUAGAACCCUUGUAGCCUGUCCGACAGCCCGCGCGCAGCUCCUGGCUCACCGGUCCCGGCGGGGGGGGAUUGUGCUCUGUGUAUUAGCCUGUGAACAAGAAUCACAUUCCACUUGCAAAAGCCAGAACAGAUGCAUUUUUCCAAACUCGGUCCCACCUUUAAAGUUUUUUUUUCAUUUGUUUGUUUAGGUUUGGGUUUCUUGGUUUUUCCUGGGGGGUUUUAAGUGAUGCGUGUUGCUUUCUCACUCCUCCUUUCUGAAGCAGCGUGAAACUGGAGUUCCGAAAGGUGAAGAAGCAAACGGUUACCCGAACUUGUGUGACGCUCCCAGGGGCUUGUUCCUGCGCUCCUUUCACGGCGCCCGCUAGCCGGGGGGCCCCCUCCUCCCGCGUAGCUCUCCCUGGGGUAGGCUCAUUCCGGUGCUGCUGGCUGGCCUCGUCUCUGCUCCCGUCUGCGCGUGCUGUCGCUCGCUUUUAACAGUUGCUCGGUUUAGGAUUUUAGUUGUCCAGUAACCGCCACACAAGGCAGUCGCUUCCUCGCUGCUCUAGAACCAACCUUCUGCUACUCCGAGAUGCCCGGGCCACGGGGCUCUUUGCCGUGCUGUUCGUUGUUCUGUUUUCUCUUCUUUUUUUUUAACGUACGCCUGUUGCACCCUUUUUUUUCUAAAGGAAACCCGUAUGAAUAGCCCCCGUCUGCAAGGCCUAAAUCAGUCUGAAGCUUUACAAGGUGUAUAUUUCUUUAUCGCUUCUGUUUUACCUGUAUAAACAUUUUAUUGGAGCAGCUGCAGCCUUUUACAGGAAAAAGCGCAGCCAAGGUGUAGCUUUUCCUGCCCCGGGCGCUGCUCCUUGCCUCUGGCCCAGGGAGGCGGAGGCGCAGGAGCCCUCCUGGGGGGCCUGCGGCUGGGCGGGAUUCUGCUUUGGUUUUUCUGUCGUUGUUGUUGCAAGGGCUGGUUGUGCUCUACUGAUGAUCGUAUGGGAACAGCCUUUCACUGAAAAGCAAAAGGUGCUCUCUUUUCAGAAAGAAGCUUGUUUGGACCAGAAAGGCAGAGCCCUAGAUGAACAGAUAAUUAUACUUGCCAAUAAAACACUUUCAAACGCGCUCUGUCCCUCCUCGGCUUACCUGCCAGAGCUUGGCGGUGCCGCGCGGACCCUGCCGCGGCUCGCACUGCGGCAGCCGGCCGAGAGCCGCCGCCGCGCCUGCUGCUCCUGGCGGAUAAGCCGCGGAGGAACGGAUGGCUUUGUAGCGGGCACUUCACGCCGUGUUCCGAGUGAGGGGUGUUUAGGUGUCCGGGUUGCUUGCUGUGCCCCUGCUGCAGUGAAGUACAGAGGUACUGUAUAUAGUCUGUCUGCCCUUUGUUGUAAGGAAGGGCGCUGGUGUUUAAUGCCGUCUAUAACCUAGCACUGAGAAAUGCUUUAAUGUCCCCACUCCAUUCCCCUCUUCCUGUAGAUUUGAUCAUAGCAGGAUUUCUGCCUGGAUUGCAUGCAUAGUGUGUGUUUCGUUUCCAGUAUAUGUGAUCUACACACAGAUGAAGGAAAGAUGAAGCGUUCCACUUGCCGGGAUCAGAAGUAGGAAGUUUUGGAGUGCUGCGGUAGGGGAGGGGUUACGGACCGUCCCCCUGCCGCAGCCCAGGCCAGGGACGUGCCACUCCCCGGGGCUCGUGCGGCCUCUCGCUCCGGAGCUCCGCUGCCUUGCGGGACGGGCUUUGAGGGAACGUGGCUCAUGCUUCCGCCGAGAUGCUCGCUGGAGAAGCUGGGGCAAGGGAGACUGGAAAAUCAGAUGUUAAAAAUAGGCUACAGUGGAGGAUUCCUGGGGAAAGGACUUAUCCCACCCCCACGCACCCCUUAGGGGGCGGGAUAAAACACACUCUGCUCCCCGUGAGCUUUUCAGGUUUCCAGGCUCAUGUGAAAAGGCAGCAUGCUAGUUUGAUCUGUGCAGCCCUGCUUCCCUCCCUGCUGCCGCUGCACAUGGCAAAAGCGAUGCUAACCAGGAGCGUAAUCUCCAGUAAAAGGCUCUGGCUUCUCAGCUCGGCACCAUGGAGCCAAGGCUGUGUUCGGUUGUGAGUCAGCCACACUCGGCAGGGCGCUGAGCGGACUGGGGGGUCUGGCAGGCUCCUGGGCCUUCUGCAGCGUGACUGAGGAUGGCUCUGCUGGCUCCACUGAGGCUUGGCUUGCUAAGGUGCCAUGCUCCACGCCUGGUUGGUUGCUCGUGGCCCUCCUCAGCUCCCGAAACCAUCUCUGAUAGUGCUGGCACCACACAAAAAAAGUGAGGGCGGCUCCCCCUCCACUCAGACUGGAGCUCCACUCGUCGCCGUCCUGCUUGCAGCCGCGAGGUUUUGCGGGAGGGCAAGGAGGGGUCCUCCCUUCUCGCUGGCCUGGGACGGAAACCGAGCGCCUGGUCGCAAGACGUGAUGACAAGCUUCGGUUCCAGCCCUGGGUGGCCGACAUCCCUUGGGGUCGGGGCUGGGCUCCCCCUGCCUGGCCAGCGGGAAGGGUUGGCCGUAAAGAGCCAGGCUACUCCCCCCCAUAACCACCGCGGUUGUGUUUGGAGCGGGAGCCCGCCCUCUCCUCCUGCUCUCUCCUCCUUGACUGUUGUCAGUUUCGCGUCGUCAGUUUCACGUCUAUUGCAGCAGAGAGGAAAACGAAGCAAAAGAUGUGACUGGGAGAGUGUCUUGUGGCAUGCCUGGGGACCUGCGAGGAGGAGAGCCCAAACCGGGGCCACAGCCUCCCCCCACGCUGCCCUCCCUGGGCACGCUGCCCUCGCACUGCUCACCGCCCUGAACCUUCCCCGGGACACAAAAAAUUGCGAUUCUGCUUUGGCAAAAAUGCAUCGGCUGGUAGAGCUCACUCUGUUAGUGCAUAUUUCGAUAUAAAUGUCAAUGUUUCACCCCAC